UUAUUCAGAUAAAAAAUAAUAAAUACAGAAAUUGUUCAGUAGAGAAGUAAAUUACAUUAAAUAUACGAUAUCAAUGGCAAAACAAAUAUUUUUAAUUUAUUACAGUCAAAUAUUUAUAUUAAUUAGAUUAAUUGCAUUCAUUAAUUACUUAAAUUGCAAAAGAUUAUUUGAUUUGCUCGAUCAGUACACAACUACUCUCUCCCAUGGAAAGCACUAUAAAUAUAUGUGCAAACAUGAAGAAUUUACAAAGCAAUAUUAAGUUGUUACACAAUAUUAUAUAUAGAGAGCAUAGAUAUACAUAUAUAAUUAUAAUUAUUCAAAAACAAAAUGGCAAAGUCAUUUCCACUAGUGUCAAUUGUUGUUAUUGCAAUGGCUGUGAAUGUUUGCUAUGCAGUUGAUUACAUUGUUGGUGAUUCAUCUGGAUGGAAACCUGGUGUUGAUUACAAUGCUUGGGCCGCAAGCAAGACUUUCACAGUUCGUGACACACUCGUGUUCAAGUAUCUAAAGGGAGCUCAUAAUGUGGUUCAAGUGAAUCAAAUAAGUGACUAUGCAAACUGUUAUUCUGGUCAAAGUGUUCCAUUGACAAGUGGAAAUGAUGUAAUUCCAUUAAGGAGCUCUGGAUCCAAAUAUUUUAUUAGCAGUGUAAAGGAUGAUUGUGCCAAGGGCCAAAAACUCACUAUCAAUGUUAAUUAAAUCAUAAUUUAAUUAUCAUAAUCAAUGUAAU